AUGAACGGCCAGGCGACGAGCUCAUCCUCUCGCGAGGAUUCGACCGAUGUCGACUCAAGCGUCGAACGGCACGCUAUCAAUCCUCUCGGACUACAUCUUCGCUCGCAGCCUGGACGAGGGAACGGUGUUUUCACGUCCACCCUUAUUUCUGCUGGGACGCUCAUCGAGGAGUCGCCCGUCUUGCUCAUCUCGGCGGAGCAGUGGGAGCGAGGCGAUAUGCAGAAGACUAUCUUUGGGGAGUAUGGGUUCUGCUGGAGUGGUGGAGGACAAGCUAUAGGACUAGGACUGGCCUCGCUGUUCAACCACUCCCCUCGGCCCAACGUCAACUUCAUCCGCCAACCAGCAACUUCCACGAUCCGCUUCGUCGCAGCUCGUACAAUCCAGCCGAACGAGGAGCUUUGCAUCUGCUACUCGGCGGACGAGUCCAAGCUCUGGUUUACUCCUAGCGGACAAGCAGGUGCUGGGGCCUCAGAGGCGUUAGGCAAGGAGAAGGAGGGGGAUGGGCGAAGUGGUCGCAAGACGUUGUCGGAUGAGACGGAGUCUCUGGGGCAGGAAGGGUCCCGGUCACCCUCUCGGUCAGACACCGGUAGCCUCUCCUCGGCUUCAUCCUCCAGCUAUGCUGUCUACCCGACCCUACCAGAUCGGCGGCCGCUGGACAUGCCCGCCCCGCUUCAUUCCGGCCCUAGUCGGCCCGUCAGUACUGUACCGGCCGUACUGUGUCCCGAGCUGGACUGGCGGGAAGAAGACUGGGUCGUCAGGAAAGGCGGGACAGAGCCGGAGAUACCAGGCUGGUCGGAGGUGUUGCGGGUCAAGGGACCUGCGGAGCUGGAGGAGGAUGCCGAGGACGAGGGGAUGCUGGAUGUUUGGGUCGUCAGCGUGGACGACUCCAAGCUCACCCGCCUCGUGCUUGACUUUGCCAAGGAGCGGUGUCCUAUCGACCAUCGGAUGCGUCACCUCAAGCGCGUCGCUCGGCGUGAACAUCCGGAUACAGGGGAACCUACCACCCUCAUCGCUCUCUGCGCGACGUACGACUCCACCCUUCCCGCCCUUCAGACCGCACUGUCUGGAUACCAUCCCUCCCUACUUGAUAUCCAGCCCUUCCGCCGGUCCGUCCCCGCCUCGGCCGCCCGGUCCGCCGAACAACUCCUGGUCAAAUCCCCCAUCUGGCCCGUCUCAUAUGCGGCCGGUACCCUCAAGAUCUCGGAUUCGUCCUCUUGGCCCAUCGCGCGCAAGGCAUGGGUCCACGCCGGGAUCCAGCGCAUCAUCUCCAUCGCGCGCGAUGCCAAGGCGGCCGGCGAGGUUCCCGUCGGAACAUUCGUCAUCUCCCCACCGGAAAGCAUCUGGCCACAAACCGACGCCUUCAUCCCUCCCACCCCCUUCCUCCGCGCGAGCGCCACCGAUACCCGUAAUACCGCCUCCCAUCCCCUCAAACACGCGGCCCUCAACUGUAUACGCCAGAUCGCGACCCUCCGGACCCAACCGCCAUUCUCCGAGAUGCAACCUACCCGGAACGGGGCAGAUUACCUCUUGACGAGCUUGACGCUGUUCAUCACGCACGAACCGUGUGUCAUGUGCUGCAUGGCGUUAUUGCAUAGUCGGGUGCGGGAGGUUUUUUAUAUCUUCCCCAGAAAGAGGGCGGGCGGGUUUGAGAGCGCUUUCGGAGUGCAUGGGAGGAAGGAUCUGAAUCAUCGUUUUGAUGCGUGGCGGUAUGUGGGCAAGGAGGGGGAGGUUGCGGCGUGGAAGGAGGAGCUGGAGAUACCGGAGGACCUGGCGUUGUGA